AGCGCGUGCCUUGUGGGAGACAACGGUGAGAUUUGUGCUCUCUCACCAGUCAAAAGAGAAGAAAAAUCAUAAAGGAUUUCUCUUUAGUUUAGAUUCAUCGCAAUAUAUAUCGGGAUGGAUCCAUUUACCGAGAAACUGUUAGAGCGCACACGUGCUCGCAGAGAGAAUCUCCAAAAAAAGAUAGCCGAGAGACCCACGGGGGCCAACCGUCCAAUGGCUAAGAGGACGAGGGAGCCACUUGCUGAUACAAACAGUAUCAUAAGCGAACCCACCACUGAAAAAGCCCUCCCCUCCUCUAAGCCAUCCCCCUCAAAGCGUCGCUGUUCAGAUGAGAAUACACUCGUCACCAGGGAAGAAGAAAAGCAACCGGUGGCCUCACAUUUUACAGCAUCUGAGCCCAUGACGGACAAGAAGCCUCCCGUGGCACCAAGCAGUGUUCGCCCUCUGCAGGCGGAGCAAAGGGCUGCUCAUCGCACCCCAGAACCAGAGAUCCUCCCCACUCGCCCCCCUGCAGAAAGUAAAAAGCUGGUGGUGUGCCCUCCACAAUAUCCUGCUAAGAACACAGAUAGUGUUACGAAGCAUUCUGCUGUAGAUGGAGCCAGAGAGACUCAGAAAGACAAAGCAGCACCAGAGUCCUCCGGCAUGAGAUCUCGUCUACAGAGACUGGCUGAACAGAGGCAGUACUUGGAGUCUGAGGGGAGCUCAGAUACAGUUUCAGAAAGUGUAGUCGUAUCUCCUUUAAAGUCCCAGAAAGUAGAUCUCCCCCCUACUCCUAUUUCUACAAAUUUUGAGGCCCCCAUUGGUCGAAAGGGUAGACUCGCAAAACUUGCUGCCACAAUUGGCUCCUGGGAAGAUGAUCUUGGACACCCGCCCAUUCGCCAGGACAAUGCACAAGCACAGCCUGGCACGGCCUGCGUACGUCCCCCAGCAUGUGCAGCUACAAAUAUCAAGACCAAGCCUAGUGUGGCUACAGAGAGACCUCAGUCAGCCCCAAAAGCUCAGCAAAAUUAUGUUGGCAGCAGUCAGCAGCCAGCGGUUUACUCUCCAGUCAAGUCAACCAGAGUGGUUCCCUAUAGUCCCCAGAAGACAGAGCUGCCUCAGCCCAGACCGACUCAAGUGAUUCCAUCACCCGUGUCAAGCCCACUAAAGAUUUGUUCUUCUACCCAGCCUUCAAGUCCACUUAAAUCUUCGACAGCUACUUCAAGUCCUCAUAGAGGACACAUCCCUCAUAGCCCCUUGAAGAAUCAGGGCCCAUCAAACAAGCUUUCUGGACCAGCACUUAACUCAAGUCCAUCAAAGCCACUUUUUACACCAAAACCCUCUGCCGACGCUGCUGUUGCUUCUCAAAGUCGUGAGAGAUUUACAAAGGAUACAACACCCUUACAGCAGAGAGGCCCAGCUGGAACGUCUGGAGGUGUCAAGUCAUUUUUGGAGCGUUUUGGAGAAAGGUGCCAGGAGCGUAACCAGAGUUCUCCAUCCACAUUAGGAGGUCAGAGUCACACGCCUGCGGCCACUCCCUCUGCCACCCCCAAAUCCAGACUGCUCCAGGAGAGGCUCGGAGGUGCCCAAUCAUCCUCCAGCACAGCUAUUCUCACUCAGAAGCAGAAAAUGGAGAGGGAGGCAGAGCUGGCACAAGUUCGUAAUCGAUUUCAAAAAGGCAAAAUGUGGGGAAGCAAAGAGAAUCUCGCUGAUGUCAAGAAUGACCCCGAAACCAAGGAAAUUGAAUCGCCUGUACUGCUUGAUAAUGAGCUUCCAGCGCCAGUCUCUGAAAUACUCAACAGUCCUUCCAAAUCUAGUGCAAAUGAUAUGGCGUGUGCUCUCCCAAGCCCUGUAAAGAAAGUACAAUUCACCGAAGAGACUCCUGAAGUGAAGGAGGAAGUGAAAGAAGUUGAAGAAGUGCACGAGAUCGAGAUGAACGUGGAUGGGUCGGUUAACUCUGAGGUGAUAAAUGAAAUCUUUGAUGGAGUUCUUGAGGAGCAUGAGGAGCACAGCGAUGCGGAGGAUGAAGAUGCUCUGAAUAUCUCCUCCAUGUCUCUCCUUGCUCCGCUUGCAGAGACAGUAGCCGCUGUGGUCAAGAGCCCUGAAAGAAAGCCCAUGACGUCAACCCCUGCCAGCUCGUUCUGUGAGAAGAGUUCCACCCCUGAGGCUGUUUCCAGGCCCAGAAAGUUUCAGAGGACACGCAUGUUACGGGCUGGAUCAUCUGACAGCAUUGAUGCUCUAGAAGAGGAGCAGAACCCGAACCUUCUCUACAGCAUUGAUGCCUACAGAUCCACCAGAGUUAAGACCGAGUCUGAGAGACCUCAUGUAAAACAGGUGAUUGUGAGAAAAGAGGACGUUACUCAAAGGAUGGAAGCAAUUGGGAGCCCCAGUCACAUCAACAUCAAGCAGAAAAUGAAGAUGUUGACCAAUGAGAUGAACCUGCAGCAGACUGUGAUCCAUCAGGCUAGUCAGGCUCUGAACUGCUGCACAGAUGAGGAACAUGGGAAAGGAUCUCAAGUAGAGGCCGAGGCUGAGAGACUCUUGCUUAUUGCAACUGAGAGGAGAACUGCCAUUAAGGCUGAGCUGGAUCGGCUGAAGGCAGAGGGUCCAUCAGCCCAAAAGAAAAGCACUUGCAGUGCUCCGGUGGAUAUAUCCCCAUCUCAAGGCUCCAUCUCAGUCGUGGAGCUGCGACUCCCCCUGAAGGCCGAUUUUAUUUGCUCCUCAGCAAACAAGCCUGAAUCUGGAAACCAUUAUUUCUUCCUCAUGAUUCGUGCUGGAGCUGAGAACACUAUGGCAACUCUUCUAGCAGGCACACGUAAUGCCCUCAGUGGAGACGCUUUGACUUUCACCACCAAGUUCACUUUGUCUGAUGUCUCUAAUGAUUUUGAGAUUGAUAUUGAGGUCUACCAUUUGGUUCAGAGACGGGAGCUGAACCCUGAAAAGAGGAAAAAAAACAGCAAGUCAAAGGCUAUCACACCAAAGAGGUUCCUCGCUAUUUCUAAGAGCAACCUUCAAACACCUGUUAUGGCUAGCCCAGGUGGUCCAAACGCAGUGCGCACCAGUAGCUUUGUCCUCGUUGGAUCGCACAAGUUAACCCUUGCCUCAAUUGGGAAAAACAAAUUCCCCUUAGAGAAGAUCAGAUAUGAAGGGAGUGAGAGAGAGCUGCUCAGUGAUAUGUUUCACAACAAGGUUCCAUUCCUUUGUCCUUUGGAGGGGCACAUUUACCUGAAAAUGCAGUGUGAGGUUGGCUCUCGGGUAGAGGAAAAGGGCUUCCUGACCAUGUUUGAGGAUGUCAGUGGUUUUGGAUCAUGGCACAGGAGGUGGUGUGUCCUCUCGGGAUACUGCAUCUCUUAUUGGACCUACCCUGAUGAUGAAAAACGCAAGAAUCCAAUCGGUCGCAUUAACCUUGCCAACUGUACCAGUCGUAAAGUGGAGCCAGCUAACCGGGAGUUCUGUGCCCGGCCGAAUACCUUUGAGCUCAUCACUGUGAGGCCACAGAGGGAGGAUGACAGAGAGACACUGGUCAGCCAGUGCAAGGACACCAUGUGUGUUACAAAGAACUGGCUGAGUGCUGACACUAAGGAUGAGAGGAACCUGUGGAUGCAGAAGCUCAACCAGAUCUUGAUGGAUCUACGCAUAUGGCAGCCAGAUUCAUGCUACAGGCCCAUGUGAGCUUUCCCCCAUUUGCGAUCAAGGGACAAAAAUACCCUGCUCUAACUUUGACAUUGACUGAAGUGCAAUAUGGUAUCCAAGUUACAAAGUGUUUACAGAUCAAUUUUGCAAGCUUUUCAUUUUAGUUUUGACACAGGUCAAAUGAUGUGGGGAUAAGUAAAACACAAUAAAGCCAUAAAAUAGGAGACAUGUCAUGCUUUACAGGAUAAAAUGCUUUGCCUCACAAGGGCUUUCAGGUAUGUUAUGAAUAUAUUUUGUAAAUGAGCAUUGCGUACUUAAAGACUAACAAAUGUUUGUUUGCUUUGUUAGACUGUCGAUCUAUAUAUGUAUGAAUAUUUAAAUGUUUUUGCAUGACUACUUUUUGCAGAAUUACCUGCUGUAAUGAAAUUUUUUCAGGUGAUUCUUUACUGUUCCUUUAAGCAAGAAUUCAUGAAAUGGAGACAGGAGACCAUGUCCAUGUACAAAUGAACCACAGCAUAAAUGUCACAACUUGUAAAAAAAAUCCUACAUUUUAAUUGUUUUAUUGUUGAUGAAUCCAUGAUUUCUUGGUAAGCAAGUAUACUUGCUGUUGUUUGGGUGGCUUUUACUUUGCGCUCACUCAUCCAUCAGGAAUCAGGAUUUUGUUUUCAAACUAUUUUUCUAUACAUGUUUUGAAUUACUUUCAAUACACAAUACUUAAGGUUUUUUGUGGGCAGUUGUACAGACUGGCUAUUAUCGUGUGUAAAUACACUUUUUAUGUUUAAAAAAACAAGGACCUAAUUGAAAAUUAUCCAUGAAAGCUAUGACAUUUCUCACUUUCUGAAAAAGGUCUCACCAAAUCGGGGAAUCAUGGACCUACGAAAUAAGAGAAAUGUACAAUUCAACUAUACACAGUUUAUUUUUUAUCAGCAGUCAUCUGUUAGUUCAACAUGAACAAAUACAGAUUGAUUGAGUGCCAUUAUAGACAUUUCUUUGAAAGGAAAAUGGUCCAAAACAUCAAAACGAAUUUCUUGAUUUGAUCCAGGUGAUGUUUGCAUUUAAUUCUGUGUUGUUAAAACGUAUCAUGCAAAGCCCCAUUGUCUCAUUACAGCAUGUAUAUUUUUGUGUUAUAUGUAACUUUUUACCAAAACCUUAUAUAUUUUUAAAUGGUUAUAACUUGCCUUAGAUUUAUAUUUACCUUUUUCAAAACCAUUUAAGCCUUGUAAGACAUUUGUCAGUGUUAUUACAAUUUCUUUUUUUUUUAUAGAAACUAAAUCUGGGACAUAUUUCUUUACCUUUUUUGUUAGACAAUGCCAAAAUUCAGCCAUUAUUGCUGUAGAAAUCUUUAGGCACUUUAGUUUUAUGACACGUGUGCUGUUUUUGUGUGUUAUGACCUCUGCUAAACACUCCAAAUGUGGCUUCCAUGUAUCCAGCAAAGCUACUGUUCAAAUAAAACAAACUUUAGACAAC